GCCGUAAUCUCUUCCCUUCUCCCACAACCCUCCCUGUAUCCCCUCCUGCCUCCUUUUCAUAAACCCUCUUCUCCCCCAUCCAAACCCAAUCAACCAACCACCCAACCAACCCAUCAUGUCCCACCGUCCCGCACGCUUCAACCGGCGCCCGCACCGCUCCACCCCCCAAGCCCACCCCCCACCCGCCUACGCCAACCUACGCGACAACAAGAUCUGCCCCAGAUUCAACGCCCUCCCAUCCGCCGAAGACCUCGACCUGCGCUACUACGCCGAGGGCGAGGUCGGCUACGCGCCCAAAAAGCACUGGUGCCUGCUCGUCGAGAUCGUUGCCAUCGAGCGCUUCACGCGCGUGCUGCUGCGUGCUCGCGAUAAGAACAACACCCCGGUCGUCGUGGCCUUCUAUACCGAUGAUAAGGGCCGGACGUUGGAUACCCCGGCGUUGAAGGUGGGGAACACCGUGGCGAUUAUGUAUGCGGCUAGGCACUUUUUUUUGGAUGGGAGUUUGGGCGUUAGGGUUGAGGAGGGGGAGAUGGUUAAGGUCUUUCCUACUUCGUUGGAGAAUUUGCUGCGCUUGAGUGAGGAGAUUCAAUCGUGGCCGAGGGAUUUCGCAGAGCAUAGUACCUGCCAUGCGUGUGGUGCUGAGGGUGAGUUGAAGAAGUGCGUGAGGUGUGGUGUGUUGAAGUAUUGUAAUAAGGAAUGUCAAGAGAUUGGUUGGAAGGAUAAAAACCACAAGAAAGACUGCAAGAUCAUCGCAGACAGUGACUUCCAGGAAAUGUCGAUGAUGCAUUGGUCUAUUUUCUGGGACUUUAAAAGCUUCCCUUUGCGCAGUGAAUGAAGAUUGGGAAGCUUUGUGUCGGGAUGAGUCCAUCGAUCAUUGGACCAAGGUGUAUGUAUUUGAUGCUAUGCAGAUGGAAGCAGCAUCACAGGACAUGAACAGCGGUUAAGCCACCAGUAUGAUAUAUGACCCAUUCUGACUUUUAUG